CGAAGGACUGUAACCAGAGGUGAAAGGAAGUAGCAUUUGACAGCCUUUUGGCAUGUAAGCGUUGGGAUUUGAAGGCAUUUUUUGUCUGUGAAAAAUGCUCCUCGAAGAUAAAAUUAUGGAAACGUUUUUGUAGCCUUUCCAAGAGUAGAGCAAUCAAGAAGAUUAUUACUGAAGGCGACGAAGCGCUCCACAAACGUCGUAAAACGUGCAAAAGCAAGAGCUUUGCAAACUUUUUCAUACCGUAAUGCUAAAUAUAGCGCCAGUAAACGUACAUAGUGUACAGUCUGUGCAUGUAGAAGGUUUGACUUUUUAACAUAAUCCCCAGUGAGGUAUUUAGCAAUUAAUUUCGAGAUUAACGUUUCGUCUCGUAUGUGAGUGGUUGGUCAAGUGAAAUUAUGACUGACGAUCCACAGAGAAACUUUCGCUCAGUUUAUUAUGAGAAAGUUGGCUUUAGAGGGGUGGAGGAGAAAAAGUCCCUUGAAAUUCUGCUUAAGGAUAACCCUCUGGAUCUGGAAAAGCUGAGUACCUUCAGUCAACGAUUUCCCCUCCCAUCUAUGUAUAGGGUUCAUGUGUGGAAAGUUUUGCUAGGUGUCCUGCCACCCCACAGUGACUCUCAUAACCUGGUUGGAAGCUACAGAAAAGAUCAGUACCAAGAUAUCAUGGAGGCUCUGGAGGUGAUGAGAUUCAUCAACUCCUCCACACCCUCUGCACAUGUGUACCUGCGUAUGUUUCAGCUGGAGAGCCAGGUUCUCCCACGCUGCUCUGAAAUUUCUCCACUGGAUGAAGAGAACGAGGACUUCCUGUCAAUCAGUCAAGCAAUGGAGGAGAUAGUAGAGGAUCCCGUUGACUGUUACUGGCUCAUUAAAUGUUUCAUCAGUCAGUUCCAGACCAAGUUUGGAGAUUCAAUUCCACAUCUUCCAAAGAGCCUCGAGCACUACUUGAGUCAGGAGGAGCCUGGGCUGCUGAGCCAUUUGAAGAACAGUGGUGCAUUGGCACAACUUCCAUACAGCCUCUGGUUUAGGCGCUGCUUUGCUGGCUGCCUGCCUGAGUCGAGCUUGCAAAGAGUGUGGGACAAGGUGAUCAGUGGCUCCUGUAAGAUCCUCGUGUUUGUUGCCCUGGAGAUCCUGCUCAGCUACAAGAUUAUGUUGUUGGGUGUCAGCCGACCAGAGUGUGUAGUCAAGUUUCUUUGCAAUAUACCACAGGAGAACACAGAUGUCAUCGUGACUAAAGCUAUUGAUCUAUGGCACAAAUAUUGUGGUACACCUAUACAUGCCAUGUAAACUGUGAAGGAAAUCAGGUUUAUCCAGAGAAACUUCUAACUGGACUGUAAAUCACUCAUCGGUGUCUUGUUGCUAAUAAAAUGAGGAAUAUCUUGAAAGGACAUGACACUGCAAGCAGCUAAAUGAGUUGGUGAGAAUAUUAGCGUUUGAGAAAAUAACCUGCCAAAAUCACAUUACUUGUUGAAAAAAAUGUCAUACAUCAUAGAAGACAAUAAUUAAUACAUGCAAUUGCUCUGCUUUACAUAUAAACACAAUCACUUUCUUUAUUUACAAGUCUUAAAAUGCUGCACUUACAAAAGAUUAGCUUGCAUAUGCACGCACACACACACACAGACGCACACGCAAAGAUCACAAAUGCUCUUACAUACAAACAUAGAGAAGUCCUUCAAGUGAUAAAAAAUUCUGAAUUCACUGGAAUUGAUAUAUACUUGACACAAAUACAAUUGCAACAUUUCUGUUGUCCCACAAAUUGAAGGAGAGGAAAUUGUGGAAGAUUUUGUACUUGCAAACCAAAGGCUUAUUUCUGUCAAACUUGAUUCACAUGAUAAAAUGUCUGUCCUUGUUAAAGUCUGUAUAGGGAGACCUUUGCCUUCACUAAAAUAGGGGAUAUGGGACAUGGCAUAUUGCAUGGGUUUGCUUGACUGCUAAUAACAAAAGACAACUCUGGUCUUUUUAUUGUUUUUACAUGAAGUUCUCUUUAAUACAUGUAUAAAUGAAUCAAACAGCUUUAGCAUAAGCUUUUGGUUUGCAUAUACUGUAGUGAGAUAAAACCAAGUGUUGCAGUAAUAUUUUCAGUGUAAAAUCAUUGUUAUUCAUAUUGAAGUUCUUUUCUCUGUGUAUACAAAUGCUGUAUCAAAUAAAAUAUGUGUAAAUAAGGUGGUCUAAUGCCUGUUAACACAGCUGUAGGCACAGUGAAUCAAAAGGUAACUCAACUGUCAACAUGAGGCAUUGUGGGAUGCUCCAAUCAUGUUGCUUUGGUUAAAUGUAGGGAACAAGAGUCCGGAAGGUCCAGAAGCUUCUGAAUGCAUCCCAUAAACCACGGGGGCUCAAUGCGUCGAUCGUGGAACGGCGUGCCCCCCCCCCCAAAAAAAAAAAAAACGUCAGCCAAUGUUCCCUCUAAACUUCGCGCUUCCACAAUUGUGUACUGCUGAUGCAGUCUCUUCGCAGAUAUUCUGCAUUGCACCCAAAAAAAAAAUCCAAUGCAAAUUGAAAGUAUAACAUAAAGCUAUUCAGUUUGUGGCAUUUUGCAAUGUGAUUCAAUGAGUGAAGGAUGACUGGUUGUUACUGAAGUAGGUCUAAUGCUCAUAUUUAGUCAUGACUGCAUAAUUUCCUCUGCUCUGUAGCCAGAUGUGUCCUUGAGUGAUAUCUGCACCCCUGCACAUAGGCUAACCUUGCUGAACUGCAUACUAGACACUUUGUAAUAAUCCAUUGCCAGCUAUAAUCAGUUGAGACAGAAACCCUUUGUCUAAGUGGAAAGCCCCAAUGUCAUGCCACAGGUUUGAUACCACCCAUGGUCCGCCCUUCUGACAAAAUAAAGGAUGUGUGCUUUCUCUGUACCUUGGCACUUGUGUUCUGUUCACUUCAGCCAUUGUCUGUAACUCAUAAGUGCCCGGAAUAUUCUGUAAAUAAUAAAACUUCAAAGAAACU